AUGAACUCAUUUCCUUCACAAAAUGAGUCACCUUUUUCAUAUGCUGGAAACUUAAAUGGAAACGACUCUCAAGACCCAUAUGGUGACAUCUCCUCUAGUAGUCUACAUCAAGCAGUUCCUUUUGACAAUGAUUCUCUUUUACAACAUUCUGCUUUAUAUUUGGAAAAUAUCUUAGAACAUACUGAUGAUAAUUAUUUACAUGAAUCAUGUAAUGAACAUGAUUUAAUUGAUCCACAAUGGGAUGAAAAAGAAACAAUGACAUUGAUUGAAUUGGCAGGAACUGUUGGAUUUAAUUGGAAUGAAAUUUCAAAAAGAAUGAAUAAAAAUCCAGAGGAUUGUCAAAAAAGAUAUGAAUUAGUAAUUAAAGUAUUCGAAUCUAAACCAAAUUUAUCAAGAAGUUCAGGAAAUAGUAUAGAGACAUCAUUAUCAUCAAGUUCAUCACCUGUUCAAUCACCAACGAUUAAUAGUUCAGUUCCAUCGCCAGAUACAGACAAUACUAGUAGUGACGACAAAUUUGAUGGAAGCAGAAGAAGAAAAUCAACAUCUACUGUAAUGGACCACAAUCUAAAAAAGAGACAUAGAAGAACGGCAUCGGAGAUUGAUAGAUCCUACAAGUGUUUUGCACCAAGUUGUAGUAAAUCCUAUGGUACAGAGGGUGCUCUCAAGAUGCACUUUAAAUUAAAACACCCAGGUGUCAAGAUUCCACAGGUUGGAUUCUCACCAACUUUGCACGGUCAAUUCUAUCAUCAACCGAGAAUGAUUAGUCCCUACAAUGCAUCACCAUAUCUUUGUCCAACUGACAUUCAAAAAGAACUUGUAUACAAUGCUCAGGCAGGUGGAAAUAAUCAAAACCCAUUCCUUCCACACUCUUAUCCACAAUUACCUACUUUUCCAAAGCAACGUGUCAUCCUCCCUAAUACCAGUCUGAGUGCACCUUCCAUCCCAAUCAAUAGUAACCCCAACCUACAACCUCUAGCGCCUGGUUCAUCAACCAGUUCUUUUUCCCCAUCAUCGUCAUCAUCGGAUCUCCAAUCAUCUCUAGAACCAUUCAUGACUACUCCUGUCCUCGUCAACUCCAACUCUAGUAAUAGUAAUAGUUCACCACCAUCGGCAUCACAACAAGUCUAUAGAUUCUCAGACUUACCAUCCAUUUCGCUAAAGAUUGGUGGGUGGCAGAAACAAUCGCAGUUUUGUGGAGAUUUGGUUGCUAGAUUUUCGUAUACCGAACACAAAUUCAUGUGGGAGAUUUACAACCACGGUGAAUCGCUGACCAAGAUGGAAAUUUUUUUCGACGACCUCUGUGGCAUGGAGUUUGCACCCUAUGCAGACGAUCGUAUAGACGUGAGCUUUCUGCUAAAGAAACCACCUCAAUUCUAUGAAGCCAAGUUUGGUCCAAACCAACAAGCAUCGUCUUCCAACAUGACCUACAAAUCAACAUCAGACUUUACUGGAGGGGAGGCCCUCCAAUGUAAAAAGCACACACUUUGCUUUAUCAAAAAUGCCCUCUCAAAACCACUCGAAGCUCUUUGUAUUACUGAUCCAAAAUUAAAAUCCUUUAUUGAAGCUUCAAAUUUGGACAUUUCAACUUUUACUCCUCUAAAUAAUAAUCAAAAUCAAAUAAGUACUAAUAAUAAUAUACAAUUUAAUAAUAAUAAUAAUAACUUUGUCAAUACUCAAUCAAAUAAUGGUCAAAUUAAUAAUAAUAAUAAUAAUGGUAACCCUGUUUAUUUAAAUCCAUCACUUUAUAAUAAUAAUAAUAACUUUAUUAACCAACAACAACAACAACAACAACAACAACCACAACAAGCAACAAUAGCAUCAACAGCAACCGUAAUAAUUAAUCAACAACAAACAUCCGAUUCAUCAACACCCCUUUGUACAGAACCACUAUCACUUCAACAACAACAACAACAACAAACAACGUCACAACAACAAUUAUCAACACAUGAUUAUCUUGCAUCAUCUCAUCAGAAUAUUUCAAUCCCAUUACAACAAUUACAACAACAAAUACUUACCAAUUCACCAUCACUCAACAAAUCAUCCAACCUACUAGCACCAUACAAUUCCAGUAUUCCACAACAUUCUUUAAACAAUAAUGUUCCAUCUGCUUGUUUGGACCUUUUACCAGAACAACCAGGAGACAAUAACAAUUUCAACAACAAUAUUGCCAAUUUCAAUCCAACAGGAGGAUGUACACCAAAUACUCCAUUGUUUAGUAGUACAGAAUUGACUAAACGUCUAAAUGACAAUUUAGCUCUCUGUAGUCCUUUGAUUUCUGGUCAAUCUAUUCAUCAAUUACAACAACAACAUCAACAACAACAACAAUCUUUACAACAACCACAAAACAAUAUUAACUGUACAAAUAUGAUGAAUAAUAAUAAUAAUAUAGAUUUUGAAAAAGUUUGUGAUGAUAUGAAAAGAAUAGAAGAAUUGGUAGAUAAAUGGAAGAGUGAACACUUUGAUGUUCUUAGACGUAAUCAUAUAUCUCAUAUUACAAACAUGAGAAGAUUAGAAGAGAAUAUCACUCAUUUAAAUAGAGAUGAACAAUUCUUGAAACAAAAUGAUCAACAUUCAAAACAAAUAAUUGAAAAACAACAAACACAAAUACAAUCAUAUAUUGAUGAAAUUGAAAUAUUAAAACAAAAAGAGAUGCAUCUUCCACCCAAUUCAAAUCAAUUGAGACAAAUGUUGGAUACAGAGACCAAUGAUAAAUUGGUACUAGAGAAUAGAUCCAAUCAAUUACAAUCAACCAAUCAAGUACAAUUGGAUAAUCUGUCAAGUCAUACGACCUAUUUUAGAAAAUAUCUAUCAUUGGAUAUAGAGAUUGCAAAAGAUGGCAUUAAAUUUAUAUUUACAAACAUUGACAAGAUGGAUCAUACUAGAAAAUUCCAAAUUACACUCACGUUUGAUGAAAAUGAUGAAUACAAGGUAUUGGAAUGUAGUCCAAUGAUCAACGAUUUGGAUACACAAUUGGAACAUUUAAAUAUGAUAAAGAGUAGCGUAAAAGGUUUAGCAACAUGCCUUUUGGCAUCAAAACCAGCAAUGACCCAAACUAGAAAUAUUGGAUCAAUCAUUCAUUCAUCAAGAACUCAUUCAUCAGGAUUGGUAGCAACAAUUUUUGGUGUAACAGGAUUUACAGGUAGAUAUUUGGUACAGAUGAUGACCAAGUCUGGUAUUCAAGUGGUUGUACCUUAUAGAGGUGAAGACUAUAGUUUCCGUGAUCUCAAGGUUCUUGGUGAAUUGGGUCAAGUCAUCCCAGUUCGUUAUGACAUUCGUAAUGAAGAAUCGAUUGAGCGUGCAAUCUCUCACAGCAACAUUGUCAUUAAUUUGGCUGGUCGUUUCUGGCCAACCAGAAACUAUACAUUGCCAGAUAUCAAUAUCGACGCUGCCGAAAGAAUCGCUCGUCUCUCUAACAAGAUGGGCAACAUUGAGCGAUUUGUACACGUGUCUGCUUUGGGUGUCUCUGAAGAUCACAAGUCUGAAUACGCACGUACAAAGGCUGUUGGUGAAAAGAUUGUUCGUGAUCUCAUCCCAAGCGCUACCAUUGUUCGUCCAUCUCUAAUGUUUGGUGAUGAAGAUCGUCUCAUCAACAAAUGGUCAAAGGCAAUUCAAUGGGCUCCAUUUGUACCACGUUAUAAUGAAGAUUUAAAAUUCCAACCUCUUCACUGUGUCGAUUUUGCUAAAGCAAUUAUGAGUAUUCUUGAACUCCAAACUACACAUGGAAAGGUUUAUGAAUUGGGUGGUGAUGAAAUCUUUACUUGGGGUCAAUUUUUAGAUAUGGUUAUUGAAGCUACUGCCGCAACUGAAAAGAGAAAUAUUCCAGUUUCUGUUGAAUUUAUGAAGAUGGCUGCUGAAGUAUUACAAUAUGCACGUGAUCCAUUAUUUUUACCAGACGAAAUUGAAUAUCAUAAUCAAGAUCUUUUGGUUGGACAAGAUGCUCUUGGUCUCAAGGACUUGAGAGUUAAACCAACACCAAUUCAAGAAAAGUUGAUUAGACUUUCUAGAAUGUACAGACCAAGUAAAUUUUUCAAUGCUAUUGCCAAUCCACAAAUGAAAUAG